UACACCAUUACCUCGACUCAAAAGCUUCAGCAAACUCGCUUCUCACUCUCAAACCAAACUGCCCCCAACAGGAUGGAAUUCGCUCCCGAAGACGAAGGCCGAAGCCUCUCCCCCGAGUGCCCUACUCUUCUCCUGCCGGGGCUCUCGAUCGGAAACGUAGGGCAAUUGGCGGUCGACCUCUUGAUCGCGUCGACGAGGGCGAAGAGAGUUGGGUGGCUCGAUGCGCCGUCCGUGUUGCCCUGCGUCGGGAACGACGCGUACGGGCCCGUCGCCGAGGGCGAUCUCGCGCUUCCUCUCGAGGCUUAUGAGUCUCCGCUUCACGCAAUAUCUCUUAUUCAACAAAGAUCUCCAGUUAUCAAGGUUGUCCGUUGGUCACAUAGGAACUACCUUACAGGCUGCGCAUUUAUACAGGGAAUGAUGGUUACAUUCGCAAAGAAGUUUGCCAACUUCUUAGUCAGGAGUGGAAAGCAGCAUGUCAUUGUUCUCUCAAGUUUAGAUUCUGGUAGAAGGAAAAACAUUGAUGCUUCCAGCGGGAUGCAGAUAUAUUAUAUCUCAAGCGUCAGUGAUGAUGGAACUGAUACUGAUUGUGAAAACUUAGGGUUUGAAAAGCUUGCCGAAUAUAACCCAUCUCAGAGACGCUGGAAGUAUCUGACUUCUCUCACUGAAGGUGCCACCCCCCAAGAAGACGUGAUCAGUGAUGAAGAUGAGUUGCUUGAAGAUGACUAUUAUCCGGGCUUGCCUUUUGCUGCGUUAUUCUCUUGCUGCAAGGCAAAAGGUUUGAGAGUUACUUGUUUACUUUGCUACUGCUCGGAGGGGGAUAAUAUAACAGAUUCCUUCCAGCUGGCUGCAGCAGCUUGCAAGCUUCUCGGUCUGAACCCGGACAAAUUUCGUGGUAAAUUUGGUAAUGAAGAGGGUGGAUGGAUUACUCCUCUAUCAUGGACAACAGUUUAUGGGCCACCACCUGAUAUGUCGCUUUUCUAGUCUGAACUGAUCCGUGAUACCAUAUGAUCUACUUUCUAGCGGACAAGAAUCCAAUAAUUGGUACAGCAAAUUCUGAAAAAAGUUAUAAGAGACAGAGAAUGAUGCAAACAUAGUGGUGGGUUCCAAUAAGGAAGUUGGAACUACUUCCACUUCAUAGUGAUGUCCCCAUACUCAUCCUCUCUCCACUAAUGGCGAAGGUGUGGACCCUCUCCGUGUCAUGCGUUCUUGAAAGUUUGUGUGAAAUGACCCACUAGCAAGUAAUUAUAAUUUCCUUUGAAGUUAAGACAUUUCCAUUUAGCCCGUCCGUUCAAACAUUUUGAAGUUUUUUGAGAUUCAGGGUUGGACAAAGUUACCAGUAACACCGGAAUUGGCUUGAUUUGUUGCUCGUAGAGUAUAUUUGGGUAUAUAUGUCCACUGUAUCCUCCACCUUUUAGAGUCUUUUCUGUUUGGUCCAGAGCCUAUUACUGGGCGAUUGCAUGAGGAUUUUUUUCCAUUUCAAA